UUUUCCAUGCUUCACGAACGUGUCUCACUGUACAUGGUACACGUUGAAUUAUUCGGUCAAGUCGAACGAGAGAAAAUGGUUAUGACCGGGCACUGGAGUUGAUGAAAAAGGAAACCGAUUGCGUGGAAGUUCAAGAGUCGUUUAUAAUUGCACGGUGAUCAGUGAUAAAUACGAGAAUGCAGUCAUUUUUUUCCCGAGCAAACUCUAUCGUAGCUUUUACUCUGAGCGUGUCGGCUUGCCUCACGUUAUGUUGCUUCCUGACAACUGUAUUUAUCGACUACAGGGCGAAUGCCACAAUAGACACUGUUAAAGUUGUCGUAAAGAACGUACCAGAUUACAGUGCGUCGAGGGAAAAGAACGAUCUUGGUUUCUUAACCUUCAAUCUACAGACUGAUCUCACUCCAUUGUUUAACUGGAACGUUAAACAAUUAUUUUUAUUUCUCACAGCUGAAUAUCGUACAGAAACCAAUGAUGUUAAUCAGGUUGUGUUAUGGGAUAAGAUAGUGUUAAGAGGAGACAACGCCCUACUUGACUUUCAAAAUGUGAACACGAAAUAUUAUUUCUGGGAUGACGGACACGGUCUAAGAGGGAACAAGAACGUUACGUUGACCCUAUCAUGGAACAUAAUUCCAAAUGCUGGAUUAUUACCAAGUGUCAGUGCAACCGGUUCUCAUAAGUUCGCGUUCCCUUCGGUCUACACCACUUCCCGAGUCUAAAAUUAACAUUGGCCGUGUGCAGAUGUUAAUAUUGUAAUUUUUCUGCGACUUCAUUUGCACAAAAGAAAAUAAAUAUUAAACAUGGAAUUUACUAUCA